AUGUCCCUGGCUGGCAGCACCCUGCAGAUCUCCCCUCAGCCUCGUGGCAGCUCCCGGACCCAACCUGCUUCCAGCUCCAUCUACACCCUCUAUGCUGGCGCUGCUGAACUCAGACCCCUCGGGAGCCCCAAGACUGGCCACGCUGGGUCUCAGACUUUGUGGAACUUUUCGGGCACGAACGAGCAUCACCUGCCACUGCAGAUCGGGGAUACAGUGCACAUCCUACAGGCCUCAGAGGGCUGGUACCGAGGGUACUCGCUCAGGAACAGAGCCACCUGGGGCAUAUUCCCUGUCACUCUGAUUCACCUGAAGAGCGCCCAUGUGGAGCACAGGGGGGCGGAGGAGAACAUUGUGCCGGUGGAGAUGCCAAUGGUGCAGGAAAUCACCACCACUCUGCGGGAAUGGGCCACUAUCUGGAAGCAGCUCUACGUGAUGGGGCAGAAGGAGCGAUACGGGCAGGUCAGGAGGAUGAUGUGUGAGCUGAUGGAGAGGCGCUCGCAGCUGCUUUCUGGGACGCUUCCCAAGGAUGAGCUGCUGGAGCUCAAGAAGGAGGUGACCAGCAAGAUCGACUACGGGAACAAGAUCCUGGAGCUGGACCUGGUUGUGCGUGAUGAGAAUGGUAACAUCCUGGACCCUGACAGAACCAGCGUCAUCAACCUCUUCCAGGCUCACAAACAGGCCACGAGAAUGAUCAGUGAGCGCAUCCAGGAAGAGAUGUGCUCUCAGCACAGCGAGCUGGGCUGCAGUGCUCACCUGGCCUCGCCCUCCCACAACCUCUACCUCUGCGUCCGCAACUUCGUCUGCAACAUCGGGGAGGAGGCACAGCUCUUCACGGCGCUCUACGACCCCGGCCAGCAGAAGAUGAUCAGUGAGAACUAUCUGAUCCGCUGGGCCAGCACGGGGGUCCCCCAGGACAUUGAGUUGCUCAACAAUCUGAAGGCCAUCUUCACGGACCUGGGCAGCAAGGACUUGAAACGCGAGAGGCUCUUCCUGGUGUGUCAGAUUGUGCGGGUAGGACGCAUGGACCUGAAGGAGACCUACACGCGGAAACUGAGCACGGGCCUCAGACGGCCCUUUGGCGUCUCGGUGAUGGACAUUACAGAUAUCAUCAAGGGAAAAUGUGAGAGUGAUGAGGACAAGCAGUACUUCAUUCCUGUGCAGCUGGUAGCUGCUGAGAAUGACUUCCUUCACAAUAUGAUAAAGAAAGCAGUGGAAGGGAAAGAAAUCAACCACAAAGGACAAGGGUUCUGGGUGUCUCUGAAAAUGCUAUGGGGAGACUUGAGUCAGGUGCGGAAAGAUCAUCCACUGGUGGACCGCAGCAGCAGUUGUGGUCGCAAGUUAGGCUUCCGCAGAGUGCUCUCUCCAGGAGACAUCAGGAACGACAUUUACCUCACAUUGGUGCAGGGCGAGUUUGACAAGGGGAACAAGAAGACUCAGAAGAACGUGGAGGUGACAGUGUGUGUCUGUGAUGAGACUGGAAACAUGAUGCAGAAUGUGAUUUUCCCGGGUGCUGGUGACAAGCCUUCAAGUGAAUAUCAUUCUGUGGUCUAUUACCAGCAGCGGCAACAGCGGUGGAUGGAGACAAUGAAGAUUGCUGUUCCCAUUGAAGAUGUCCACAGGACCCAUCUGAGAUUCACCUUCAGGCACCGCUCUUCCAGUGACUCUAAGGACAAAAGUGAAAAAGUUUUCUCCAUGGCUUUUGUGAAGCUAAUGAGACCUGAUGGUACAACCCUGCAUGAUGGUGAACAUGACCUCAUUCUAUAUAAGGGUGACAUCAGGAAAUUGGAGGAUGCCAGCUCUUACCUGAAUCUGCCUUUUAUGAGAAGUCUGUCAGAGACAAAGACCCUUUCUGGUUCCUCAUUCCGAGUGAGCGGUGGCGUGGCUGGUAUGGGCAUAUCUUCCCGGGACAGCUUCCAAAUCUCCACCCUUGUCUGCUCCACCAAACUAACCCAGAAUGUUGACCUUCUGGGGCUGCUGAAAUGGCGGUCGAAGCCCAACCUCCUGGCUGGAAACCUCCAGAAGCUAAUGAAUGUGGAUGGAGGAGAAGUCAUCAAGUUCCUUCAGGACACUCUGGAUGCCUUGUUCUCAAUUAUGAUGGAGAAUUCAGCCACAGAUGUCUAUGAUACGCUCAUCUUUGAUGCCCUAGUUUUCAUUGUGGGGCUCAUUGCUGACAGGAAGUUCCACCACUUCAAUGCUGUUCUGGAGGCCUAUAUCCAGCAGCACUUCAGCGCCACACUGGCCUACAAGAAGCUGAUCUCAGUGCUGACACAGUACGUGGAUUCAGCCAGCCGAGGGGAGCCCUGUGAGUCGCUCUUACGCACCUUCAAAGCCUUGGAGUAUGUCUUCAAAUUCAUUGUCCGCUCCAGACACCUCUUUGCCCAGUAAGUGUCACUGAUUAUUUGCACUCACUUU